AUGGGCAAGGAUACUGUGCACGACAAGUCUUCUGAAUUAGAUGCUGAAAAAUGCUCGACCGCCAAGGACUCAGAGUCCGUUGAAGACGCGAGAACUCCCAACUUCAAUCCGAAAGCUGAGUCGAGGGUCGUACGGCGCAUAGACAUGCGAUUGUUGCCCGCAUCGAUGUUCAUCUAUCUGCUCUCCUUCUUAGACCGCUCGAAUAUCGGGAAUGCCAGAAUCCUCAACAGCACGACAGGUGAUUCCCUGGUGCAGACGACUCGGAUCUCAAACCAGCAAUACCUAGAUGCCCUUCUCGUCUUUCUCAUUGCCUUUGCACUUUUCGAAGUUCCCUCGAACUACAUGCUGCACAGGUUUCGCCCCAGUCGCUGGAUUGCAUUUCUCAUAAUGGGAUGGGGAUUGAUGACGAUGGUGAUAGGAGCAGUGAAGGACUUUGCAGCGCUCGUAAUCGUCCGUAUCCUUCUCGGAGCUUUCGAGGCGGGACUCGUUCCCGGAAUCGUAUACUGUCUGAUGUUCUGGUAUAAGCAAGAUGAGCGAGCUCUCAGAAUUGCGUUUAUUAUAGGCUGUCCGACCUUAGCUGGUGCUUUUGGUGGAGCAAUUGCGCUCGGCGUCGGUCACAUGGACGGGAUACGGGGGCUACAAGGGUGGCGCUGGCUCUUCAUUCUGGAAGGGAUUCCUUCCUGUAUAUGCGCAGUUUUGGUCUACUUCUUCUACCCCGACCUCCCCGAGACUAGCAGGUGGCUUUCGGCAGAGGAGCGCGCUCUCGCUUCAAACCGGACUCGGAUCGAAGGCGUUGCGUCGCUGGGCCAUGAAAAAGUAACAUGGGCCGAAGCGAAGGCGACCUUGGUGGACUGGCGACUCUAUCUACACUACGCAGCGAGCAUCUCGUACUCCGUGGCAUUGUCGAGCAUCACACUCUUUUCUCCGACCAUCGUGUCUGGCCUCGGAUACGAGGGUCUGACGGCCCAGCUCUUCACUGUCCCCCCAUACGCUAUUGCGUUCAUCAUCACUCUCUUCAUUGCUUGGCAAGCGGACAAACGAGGCUUGCGCUGCUGGGCCGCCUUUGCAUGCUUUAUUAUCUCGGGUAUAUGCUUCCUGGUCCAAGGUCUACUGCCUUCGGACGCCUUCAAGGCCCGGUAUGGGCUGCUAUGCGUAGCCGUCCCUUUUUCGUUUGCUAUGGAGCCAUCCCUUCUCAGCUGGCUCACCGCAAACGUUCGAGGCACUAGCGCAGCCACGCUUGCCGUACCGAUGAACUUAGCUAGUGGGCAAAUAGGUCAAAUUGUUGGUAUCUACAUUUACAAAAACUCCGAGGCGCCUGGCUAUCCAACGGGACAUUUCACGAAUGCUGGGUUCCUUCUUGUUGGAGCUAUUGUUGUCCUUAUAUUGCGCGCCAUAUACAUCCGACGCAAUCGCUCUCUAUCUGUAACAGAUUACAAGUGGCAGCUCUAAGGCACCAAACAGAAUAAACACCUAGCCGU